UAUAGUUUACAAUCGGCGAACAUUUUUUUUGACAAGAUAAGCUUUUGCCUUUUGGGUUUUCAUUUGAAAUUUCUACGCUAUACGCUAAUAAAAUUCUCUGUGAUGGCCACCUACGAGGAAGUGAAGGAUGCUCCAAAUCAGCCAGACAAGUACCUGUUUGAUGUGCGCAACAAGUCCGAGUUGGAGGAGACAGGCGUCUUGCCGGCCAGCAUUAAUAUACCUCUGCCCGAGCUGGAGAGGGCCCUUAAUUUGCCAGAGGAAGCAUUCACCAAGACCUACGGCCGGAAUAAGCCGGCGAUUGAUGCGGUCCUAAUCUUUUCAUGCAAGGCAGGCGGACGCGCUGCUCGAGCUAGCAAUAUAGCCCACACCCUGGGCUUUGUCAAUGCCAAAGCAUAUGCCGGUUCGUGGACCGAAUGGCAGGAGAAGGAAGGAGUUCAAUAACCAAGCAGCACAAAAGAUUAUUUACAAAUUCUAAAAAUAUAUUAAAAAACCCUAAAUAAU